UAAAAGACCUUCCAUUAUUCCAACAUCUUAGAUAAGAGCGAUCUUUUCCAUACACUUCCCUUCUCCUUCUUCCCCCUUUCAUUCUGGUUUUCCCUGAAAACCUCCAUUAAAACCCUCUGUUUCUUCUUUGAAACACAAACCCACUCAUCCAAGUUCAACAAACCACAACAGGAACAACAAAACAAAAAUGUUUGCAGCAGAGAAUGGCUUAAAGGGCGACCCAAGGCUCCAAGGAAUCUCUCAAGCCAUUCGAGUAGUUCCUCACUUCCCCAAGCCUGGUUUUUUUUUUUUUUUUUUUUUUUUUUUNUUGCUGGAUCAUAAGGCGUUUAAGGAUACUGUCGACAUUUUUGUCGAUCGUUACAGGGGAAUGAACAUCUCUGUUGUCGCUGGGGUAGAAGCCAGGGGGUUCAUGUUUGGCCCAUCAAUUGCGUUAGCCAUUGGAGCAAAGUUUGUUCCUUUAAGAAAACCCAGAAAACUUCCAGGGGAAGUGAUUUCAGAAGCUUAUGAUUUGGAGUAUGGAAAUGACUGCUUAGAAAUGCAAAUUGAUGCUGUGAAGCCAGGGGAACGUGCAUUGAUUAUCGACGAUUUGGUAGCCACUGGUGGAACCUUAUCUGCAGCAAUCAGGCUUCUGGAACGGAUGGGUGCUGAAGUGGUUGAAUGUGGUUGUGUGGUUGGAUUACGCGAAGUUAAGGGACAGCGCAGGCUUAAUGGAAAGCCGCUUUAUAUCCUUGUUGAACCACGCCAAUUGGAUGGUUGUUUUUAAGGUGGGUGUGGACAUGGACGACGAACGUGCUUCUGCUUAGGCUGAGAUUGAGAAGAUGAUGCUUGAGCUAACAGGGAGGGAGGGAGGGAGGGAGAGAUGAAUGAAUUGGGUGGGUUCAUUGUGUAGUAUUCUUUAGUGCUAAAUUAUGUGUCAUGUUAUUUCAACAAAAUCUUGAAUGGAAUGAACAGAGUAUUCUCAGAUCCUGAUAUUAAAAAAAAUCCCAUGAUUUUGUACA